UUUUUUUUUUUGGGGGGGGCACUGCUGACUCUGGGUGUCCCCCCCCCAGGCGAGCAGCCCCGGGGGGUCCCGGGGGGUCCCGGGCCGGGGGUCCCGGGCCCGGCCGAGCCCCCCGCCCCCCCCAAGAGCGCGGCCCAGCUGAAGAAAGAGGCCAAAAAACGGGAGAAGAUGGAGAAAUUCCAGCAGAAACAGGAGCGGAACCGGCAGCUGCAGGCCCAGGCCAAGGCCAAGCCCAGCCGGGCCCGGCGGGAGCUGCGGGGGCUGCGCUACGAGACCCCCACCCCCCCCGGC